GAGUGUGUCAGCAUGAUGGUGAUUUUGCUGAACUGCGUUACCCUGGGAAUGUACCAGCCAUGUGAGGAUAUGGACUGCCUUUCUGACAGGUGUAAAAUCUUGCAGGUAUUUGAUGAUUUCAUCUUCAUCUUCUUUGCCAUGGAAAUGGUCUUAAAAAUGGUUGCCCUGGGGAUCUUCGGCAAGAAGUGUUACCUUGGAGAUACCUGGAACCGCCUGGAUUUCUUCAUUGUCAUGGCUGGGAUGGUGGAGUACUCCCUGGAUCUCCAAAACAUUAAUUUGUCUGCAAUCCGUACUGUCCGUGUCCUGAGACCCCUGAAAGCAAUCAACCGUGUGCCUAGCAUGCGCAUCCUUGUGAACUUGCUCCUGGACACCUUGCCCAUGCUGGGGAACGUCCUUCUUCUCUGCUUCUUUGUCUUCUUCAUCUUCGGCAUCAUCGGGGUGCAGCUGUGGGCUGGGCUGCUCCGCAACCGCUGCUUCAUGGAGGAGAACUUCACAAUACAAGGUGACGUUGUCUUGCCCCCCUAUUACCAACCUGAGGAGGAUGAUGAGAUGCCCUUUAUCUGCUCACUGUCAGGAGACAAUGGAAUUAUGGGCUGUCAUGAAAUACCCCCACUGAAGGAGCGAGGCCAUGAGUGUUGUUUGGACAAGGAUGAUUAUUAUUACUACAAUUCAGUGCGGCAAGAGUUCAAUAUCAGUGGCAUGUGUGUCAACUGGAACCAGUACUACAACGUGUGCCGUACCGGCAACGCCAACCCGCACAAGGGUGCCAUCAACUUUGACAACAUUGGAUAUGCCUGGAUUGUGAUAUUUCAGGUGAUCACACUGGAAGGGUGGGUGGAGAUCAUGUACUAUGUGAUGGAUGCACAUUCCUUCUACAAUUUUAUCUACUUUAUCUUGUUGAUAAUCGUGGGCUCUUUCUUCAUGAUUAACCUGUGCCUGGUGGUCAUCGCCACACAGUUCUCGGAGACUAAGCAGCGGGAGCACCAGCUGAUGCAGGAGCAGAGGGCCCGGUACCUCUCCUCCAGCACAGUUGCCAGCUACAUGGAGCCGGGAGACUGCUACGAGGAGAUCUUCCAAUACGUCUGCCACAUCGUGCGCAAAGCCAAGCGCCGCACCCUUGGGCUGUACAACAGCAUCCAGAGCUGGCGCCAGGGCAACGUGGAGCCGAGUGAUGCCAAACUAGGCAUGAACAGGAAAAAACAGAGGCAUUACAGGCUUUGCCAGCAGCACAACUCUCUUGGCUGCCCUCCUCCGGGCUUGGUCCAGCCUGUUGCUGUGACAGCAACCUCAGAUCUCACCAACUGCCCACGAUGCCAUAGCGAGGAGCACGAAGCAUCCAGGAGGCUCUCUGUCCUGGAUAGUACUUAUUCAGACCAGGAGGAUGGAGGAGCCAAUGAAGGGGAAGGAGAGGACGGCAGAGAGGACCAGGGUGCCUCAGCACUGGAGAAAGAGGAGGAGGUGGAAGAAGGAGGGCGGCUGAAGCUCUGCAGUGACAUGUGGCGAGAAGUGAGGGUCAAGCUCCGAGUGAUUGUGGACAGCAAGUAUUUCAACCGUGGGAUCAUGAUUGCAAUCCUAGUGAACACUAUCAGCAUGGGCAUCGAGCACCAUGAACAGCCAGAGGAAUUGACCAACAUCUUGGAGAUCAGCAAUGUGGUCUUUACAAGCAUGUUUGCUCUGGAGAUGAUCCUGAAACUUGCUGCUUUUGGUCUCUUUGAUUACCUUCGCAACCCCUACAACAUCUUCGACAGUAUCAUCGUCAUCAUCAGCAUCUGGGAGAUCAUCGGCCAGUCAGAUGGAGGCCUCUCUGUGCUGAGGACUUUCCGACUCCUUCGGGUCCUGAAGCUGGUGCGUUUCAUGCCUGCGCUGCGCCGCCAGCUUGUGGUGCUGAUGAAGACUAUGGACAACGUAGCCACGUUCUGCAUGCUCCUCAUGCUCUUCAUCUUUAUAUUCAGCAUCCUAGGAAUGCACAUCUUUGGUUGCAAGUUCAGCCUCAGGACAGACACAGGAGAUACAGUUCCUGACCGAAAGAAUUUUGACUCCCUACUUUGGGCCAUCGUCACUGUCUUCCAGAUCCUAACCCAGGAGGACUGGAAUGUCGUACUCUAUAAUGGCAUGGCCUCCACCUCACCAUGGGCUUCCCUCUACUUUGUGGCUCUCAUGACAUUUGGCAAUUAUGUACUUUUCAAUCUGCUGGUGGCCAUUCUCGUGGAGGGGUUCCAGGCUGAGGGGGAUGCCAACCGGUCAUACUCAGAUGAAGACCAGAGUUCAUCAAACAUGGAGGAGUUUGAUCAGUUUCAAGAGGUCCAGGAAGGCCCAGAUCCCAAGCUCUGUGCAAUUCCUGUAACACCUAAUGGACACUUGGACCCAUCCUUGCCCUCUUCCAACCCACCAGUGGCUGCUGGGGGCGUCACCAAUUCUUCACGCAACUCCCUGCAACUUGACCAGAUCCUUGUUGCUGUUGGAUCCCGGAAGAGUAGUGUGAUGUCUCUGGGGAGAAUGACCCAUGACCAGCGGUCCUUGUCCAGUUCCCGCAGCUCCCACUAUGGUGCCUGGGGCCGCAGUGGAGCCUGGGGGAGCCGUCGCUCCAGCUGGAACAGCCUGGCCCGGGGACACAGCCUGAAACACAAACAUCCCUCAGCCGAGCACGAGUCCCUCCUGCCUGGGGAAGCUCACAGGGCAGCACAUGGGGAGACGGAUGGGACAGGAAGGGUAUUUCAUCACCGCCGGACACUCUCUCUGGAUAAUAAAGGCUCCUGUGACCUGCUGGAGUUGACCUCGGUCCCAUCCGGCCACAGAGUGACCCAUAAGCUGGGAGCACUGCCUGGAGCCAGCGAGCAUCAGGACUGCAAUGGCAAAAUGCCCAGUAUUGUCAAGGAGAUCUUCCCAAAGAUGAACAAUCGCAAGGAGCGGGGAGAGGAUGAUGAAGAGAUAGAUUAUAGCCUGUGCUUUCGCAUCCAGAAGAUGAUGGAAGUCUAUAAGCCAGACUGGUGUGAGUUACGGGAAGACUGGUCCAUAUAUCUCUUCUCUCCACAAAACAGGUUUCGCCUCCUCUGCCAAACCAUCAUUGCUCACAAGCUCUUUGACCAUGUUGUGCUGGCCUUCAUCUUCCUGAACUGCAUCACGAUUGCCCUGGAGAGACCGCAGAUUGAGCACAGAAGCACGGAGAGGAUCUUUCUCACUGUGUCCAACUACAUUUUCACAGCAAUUUUUGUAGCUGAGAUGACACUGAAGGUAGUCUCUCUAGGCCUGUAUUUUGGGGACCAGGCUUAUCUCCGCAGCAGUUGGAACAUCUUGGAUGGCUUCUUGGUCUUCGUUUCUCUCAUUGACAUUGUGGUCUCAGUGGCCUCUGCUGGUGGUGCCAAAAUCCUGGGGGUGCUACGAGUUCUCCGGCUGCUGCGCACCUUACGUCCCCUCCGAGUCAUCAGUCGAGCCCCUGGCCUGAAGCUGGUGGUGGAGACACUCAUUUCUUCCCUCAAGCCCAUUGGAAACAUUGUCCUCAUCUGCUGUGCUUUCUUCAUCAUCUUUGGCAUCCUGGGUGUGCAGCUCUUCAAGGGCAAGUUCUACCACUGCCUGGGAGUCGACAUCAGGAACAUCACCAACCGGUCCGACUGCAUGGCUGCCAACUACAAGUGGGUACACCACAAGUAUAACUUCGACAACCUGGGACAGGCUCUGAUGUCCCUCUUUGUUCUGGCUUCCAAGGAUGGCUGGGUCAAUAUUAUGUAUAAUGGACUAGAUGCUGUAGCUGUUGACCAGCAGCCAGUGACCAACAACAACCCCUGGAUGCUACUCUACUUCAUCUCCUUCCUCCUCAUUGUCAGCUUCUUUGUGCUCAACAUGUUCGUGGGGGUGGUGGUGGAGAACUUCCACAAGUGCCGGCAGCACCAGGAGGCUGAGGAGGCACGCCGGCGGGAGGAGAAGCGCUUGCGACGCUUGGAGAAGAAGCGAAGGAAGGCACAGCGUUUGCCGUACUAUGCUACCUACUGCCCCAUACGCCUCCUUAUUCAUUCGGUCUGCACCAGCCACUAUCUGGACAUCUUCAUCACUUUCAUCAUCUGCCUCAACGUGGUCACUAUGUCCUUGGAGCACUACAACCAACCUGUGUCCCUGGAGACCGCCCUCAAGUACUGCAACUACCUGUUCACCACUGUCUUUGUGUUUGAGGCAGUCCUCAAGCUGGUGGCAUUUGGUCUGCGACGAUUCUUCAAAGACAGGUGGAACCAGCUGGAUCUGGCCAUUGUGCUGCUGUCUGUCAUGGGCAUCACACUGGAAGAGAUUGAAAUCAAUGCUGCUCUCCCAAUUAACCCCACUAUCAUCCGGAUCAUGAGGGUGCUGCGUAUCGCCCGGGUCCUGAAGCUACUGAAGAUGGCCACAGGAAUGCGAGCGCUGCUGGAUACCGUUGUCCAAGCCCUGCCACAGGUGGGAAACCUUGGACUUCUUUUCAUGCUCCUCUUUUUCAUCUACGCUGCUCUAGGAGUGGAGCUCUUUGGAAAACUGGUAUGCAAUGAUGAGAACCCCUGUGAGGGCAUGAGCCGCCACGCCACCUUUGAGAACUUCGGGAUGGCCUUCCUCACACUUUUCCAGGUGUCCACAGGUGACAACUGGAAUGGGAUCAUGAAGGAUACUUUGCGUGACUGCAGCCACGAUGACCGGAGCUGCCUCAGCAACCUGCAGUUCAUCUCCCCACUAUACUUUGUCAGCUUUGUGCUCACAGCCCAGUUUGUCCUCAUCAAUGUGGUGGUAGCCGUGCUCAUGAAACAUCUCGACGACAGCAACAAAGAGGCCCAGGAGGAUGCAGAGAUGGAUGCUGAGCUUGAGCUGGAAAUUGCUCAUGGGCUGUGCUCCCGCAAGUCAGGCUCUCCAAAUUCAGGACAGGGAAAAGGAGCAGGAACAGGAGGAGAUGGUGGUAGAACAGAUCCUGAAGGACAUCUGUGCACGAGAUGUUACUCUCCAGCCCAGGAGAACUUAUGGCUGGACAGUGUCUCUUUAAUUAUUAAGGACUCCUUCGACGGGGAGUUAAUGAUCAUCGAUAACCUAUCGGGCUCCGUCUUCCACCAUUACUCCUCGCCGGCCAUGUGCGAGAAGUGUAACCAUGACAAGCAAGAGGUCCAGCUGGCUGAAAUGGAAGGAUUAUCUCUCAACUCAGACAAGUCCUCUUCCAUCCUUCUAGGAGAUGAGUCAGACAAUCGAAACACUUCUCAGCUGAGUCCUAAGCAGAUCAAGGAUGGCCAGGACAGCCCUGACUCCAGUGGGGCAGACAAUCUUGGGGAAUGCCUGCUCCCAAUAUCCAGUGAGGAUGGCUCUACAAACCCCGACAGUUACCUGUGUGAAAUGGAGAAUACUCCCUUAAACUCAGUCCAGUCUUGGCUAAAGCAUGAAAGUACCAAAGUCCCUCCUAGCCCUUUCCCUCCAGGUGCAUCUUGCCCUCUGUUACCUGUACCAGCAGAAUUUUUCCACCCAGCCAUGUCUGCCACCCAGACAGGGCCUGAGAAGGUCUCGAGUCCACACAGCCUUCCUAAGAUCUCUCUGCAAGGCUCAUGGGCAUCACUGAGAUCUCCGAGUGUGAACUGUUCGCUUCUUCAUCAGCCGCCUGAGAGCGAUACCUCGCUGGACAGCCGGAGCAGCAGCUCAGCAGGCAGCCUGCAGACCACGCUGGAGGACAGCCUCAACCUCAGCGACUCUCCCCAGUGCACCCUGGAUCUCCCGGUGGCUCUGUGUCCCAUGCCAGCUGCGGACAGCCAAAGACCCCUGGCAGCUCCCCUCUCCCCUGCCUCCCGCCGCCGGAGCCUGCGGGGCCGGGGGCUCUUCAACCUGCGAAGUAUGUGUCGUCAUCAGCGCAGCCACAGCAGCGGUGGGAGCACCAGUCCCGGCUGCACUCACCAUGACUCCAUGGACCCCUCUGAUGAGGAGGGGGCGGGCAGCAGCCUGCGGGGGGGUGGCAACAACAGCGAGCCCUCGGAGACCCUCAGCAGCCUCUCGCUGACCUCCCUCUUCUCGCCCCCACCA